AUGGCUCGGAUCAUGAGGCUGCAUGUCGGCCUGGUGACCGGUUUACUGGCCUUGUCCGGUCUCACUGACGCCUUCUGGCGUCUUCCCUGCCGUGGACGAAGUGGUCUUGCGAGAAUGGACCCUCUCAUGGAUCCAGGCCAGCCUUCCUCCCACGUGCAUGCAGUUCAUGGGUCUGGCGGCUUUUCUAUGUCGGCUAGCGAGGCUGACUUGAAGGCAUCAAGCUGUACCUCGUGCGCCGUCACUCAGGACAAGUCCGCCUAUUGGGUUCCAGCGCUCUACUUUAUGCAUGAGAAUGGCGAUGCCGAAAUUGUUGAUCAGGUUGGAGGCAUGCUCGCUUACUACCUGCUUUACGGAGAGAACGUGACCGCGUUUCCGGACAACUUCCGCAUGAUUGCUGGCGAUACAUACCUGCGCAACUUUCCCUGGCCGAUCCCCGACCCUCCCAAGUCAGAAUGGACAGGCAAGCAAGCCUCUCAGGCUGCUCUUCGGCAGAAGGCGAUUGGUUUCAACUGCCUGAACUAUGCUCUGGAUCCGGAACCUUCGCUUGGCCGCCAUUUCCUUCCCAACAAGACGUACCUGGACGAGCACUGCACCGACGGUGUCCGGUUCGAGUUGAUGUUCCCUUCGUGCUGGAACGGCAAGGAUGUCGACUCGGAUGAUCACAAGUCACACGUGGCCUAUCCCUCACUGGUUAUGGACGGUACAUGUCCCGAGGGCUUCGAGACCCGCGUCGUUUCUCUCUUCUACGAGACCAUCUGGGAUACAUAUGCGUUCAAGGACAAGGACGGCUACUUCGUUAUCUCCAACGGCGAUCCUACAGGAUUUGGUUAUCAUGGCGAUUUCAUGCACGGCUGGGAAUCGGGGGUCCUGCAGCAGGCAGUGGAGGAGUGCACCAACGCUUCGGGUGAGGUUGAAGACUGUGCCGUUUUCGAUAUUCAGUCCGAGGACGACCAACGACAGUGCACUUUCGAUGUCCCGACCAUCCUGAAGAACGAAAAGGUGACCUUGACCAGCGGCGGUCUCCCCAACAACCUCGCAAUCCAGUGGGGGCCCGCCUAUGCCAGCGCUGCCGCUUCCGUCAGCUCUGUGGUCUCCGGCGUCGUUAGUGCAGCCACCGAAGCGGCUUCCUCGGUCUCUGUGGGCUUGUCGCUCCACGUUAGUGCCUUUGCCAACAACCUGCAAGUCAGCAAGCCGACCGUCAGCAAGAGCUCGACGAUUGAGACGACCACAUCGACCACCAUGCCGACCUCGACCUGGACUCCGACUCCUACCACAUCCUAUGUUGAGGGUGCCGUCACUCAAGAGGUUGUGUAUGUUGAGCAGGAGAUUAUCGUCUGGGUCGACGGUCUAAACAACAUCCUUGGGACCUCUACCGGUAGCCUGGAGACGCUGUCAUCCACCACGUCCACCACCACCCGGGUCGUCUCGACUGUUGUCACUGUUCCCGCGGAACCACCCGUCAAGAGAGACGAGAAUGCUCACCAUGUCCACAAGCGUCAUGGCCACGGCCAUCUUCACCGAAGGGGCUAG